AGAGGACCGUCCCCAGGGGAAGACAAGCAUAGGACAACUUCAAAACAGGGCGUAGACAACCCGCAAAGCCCGCGUAGCAAGCCCCCGACCUCACCCCUCUUAUUUCACCCUCAAUUUUAGCACCAACCAGACUUCCUGUGCAUUCAAACUCCCUGUGCAAAUAUCCCCAAUCCCUUUCCUUCAUUUUAACCCGAGAAAAACAAGAAAAGGCCCAUAAAUAAGUGAUAAAUCAGUGAAAUAAGAGGCGGGUUAUGCAAAGGACGCAUUGAGGUCCAGCCUUUGUAUCUAAACUCGGUGUUUUUGUGGGAUGUUUUGAGUUAUUGCGAAUUUUCGAGGCUUUGAGUUAAUUAAUGUGUGUGUAAGGUUUGGUGGGUGUGGGGUAGAGGCAUGGCACUUAACUUGUGAAGUCUGAAGGGUGAGCAAUGGCCAGCAACAGGGGUGUGGUGGCGGCGGCGGCAGCGGUGUUGGUGGUGAUGGUGGUGGUGCAGGGGGUGGGCGUGGCGGGGCAGGACCUGGGGCGGGGCAAGGAUGACCACCGGCGCAUCCCGUAUGGUUCAGACAACCGCUGGAAGAAUAUUCUGUACAAUGAAGUACGCAUGAGGAACAGAUAUAACCACCCCACACACAUUGUGGUGGCACCUCGGACACUGUUCCCAGGCGCUGUGUACCAUUGUGUGGUGUCCAUCCUGUACCUGGACCAUCCGGUGGACGUGCGGGCCUUUCUCAGGAAGGACGGGGUGGAGAUAGCAUCGGCCAGGAGCAAUGUUUUAAAGGGCUACCCAGAGACACUCCUUCUACAGAUCCCCAGAACCAGUGUGGGGGGAGACUACCGCCUGCGUAUUGAAGGCAAUGUUCCCGGCACCAUUGGAGGAACCAUCUUUGCUAAUGACACUCAGCUUCUCUUCUCCACCCGGUUCCUGACCAUUCUCAUCCAGACCAAUCGCCCGGUCUACACUGGCGAGCAAACUGUGCGGUUCAGAAUCAUCCUCCUGACCACUGACCUCAAGCCGUACGAUGAUCCCGUUGAUGUCUUCAUCCUGGACCCUGAUGGCUAUGUGAUGCGUCGGUGGCCCUCCCGUCCUACCAAUGUUGGGGUGGUGUCCAUGUCCUUCGACCUGCCCUUCCUGCCCAAGGUCGGCUGGUGGGGCAUCAAGGCGCUGGUCAAUGGGCAGGAGGAGAUUAAACCCAUCAAGGUGGAGAAGUGGUACACGCCGCGCUUUGAGGUGAAGAUGUUCAUGCCGAAAUACUUCCUGGACACGGACUCUGAGAUCGUGGGUGAGGUGGGCGGGGAGUUCUCCAACGACAAAGGUGCUUAUGGCAAUGCCACACUGAAGUUGUUUAUCCGCAGCCCAAAGGAGGACAAGUGGAAUUAUGUCAUGCAGGAAGACUUCGCCCCUCUGGAUGCGGAGGCGGAGUACAGCUUCCCGAUGGAUGUGCUGGCGCGGAAGGUUCCCAAGCUGGAUGGUUCGGAGAUAAGGAUUGAGGCGGAAGUGCAGGAUUCCUUCAAUGGGAUUAACAGCACCGGCUUCACCAUGGCUAAAAUUAUUAACUCCUCCAUCAACUGCAUGUUCCUCGGAUCUCCACCCUAUGUGUUUAAGCCCGGCAUGCCCUUCUCUGCCUCGGUUGCAGUCUCCUACCACGACCUGAUGCCACUGUCCCUCGAGAAACUGAGCAUCUCCAGGCUGGUGGUGAAGGCAGAGGCUGUGUUGGAAGGGGGUGGACGACAGACUGUCUUUGAAGUCGAGAUCCCACAGGUGAUGGCGGAGGAGGAAGAGACGGAGUUCUUGGAUGAAUCGUGGAAGUACAACAAGCGGCUGGAGGCGAUUAAGGCAGAAAACCCUAAUUAUGACCCAUCGGCCUUCGACUACAAUUACAACUUUGACUACGAGUCUGGUUCACGUUACCUGACCGGCGACGAACUGGUGCAGCGGAAGAUGGACCUGUUUGUGCGGAACCAGCAAUUUGAGAAAUACCGAGAGAAGGGAGUGUUCCACUUCACAGUAGAUGUCCCAGAGACAGCCAGCGGCUUGUCCCUGACGGCCGCCUACCAGGACGAUGAAGGGGACACUGCCUCUGCCAGCGCCCAGGGCAUAGCGUACUACUCCCCCAAGAAACAGUACAUUGGAGUGGAGAUGAGCAGCAAGGGUGUGACGGUCGGGGAGUUUGUCGUUUUCCACGUUCGUUCCAACUUCAACAUGGAUUCCUUCAACUAUCUGGUGAUGGCAAAGGACAUGAUCCUCUUCGCUGGCAAGGAGGUUCUGGACACCACCAGCCGGGCCAGUGUCAAGACAAUGUCGGUGCCGGUUAGCUCCGAGAUGGCCCCAGCUUUCCGGAUAUUUGUGUACCACCUCACCCAGACGCAUGAAAUUAUAUCCGACUGUAUCACCAUCCCUGUCGACGGCAUCUCCAGGCAUAAGGCCAAGCUGGUCAUCAACCAAGACAAGGACCACAGCAAGCGUUCAGUGGAGCUGGGAACGUACAGCACUGCAGGAGCCUUCUAUGGGGUGUCUGGGGUGCGAGAGUUUACCUAUGCUAUGCGGGGAGGCAAUGAACUCUCCCAUGCCUCAGUGCUAAACGCCCUCCACGGCUUCACUAACAAUACAAGAGCCCUGCACAAGAUGGCGUGGAGGCCCAGGGAGGGAUUUCAUCCAGAAGAGGUCGAAUAUUAUACAUCUGGCAACUAUGGGCCAGACUCCAACAGAACCUUUGACUUUAGCGGCCUUAUUGUCUUCAGUGAUGCAACGCUGGGGGUGGUUCCUGGAUACGAGAAUAAUGUGUGCAAUAAGAGCCAGGGUUACUCUCCUUGCUUGAUGGGCGGCUGCUACCUGAGCUAUAAACGCUGCGACGGCAUCUCAGACUGCGCCGAUAAUUAUGAUGAGUCGGACUGUGGCGAUCCGCUGGCUGACACAGAGGUGGACUUCCGGAUUCAUCGUUAUGUGAAGUUUUCGGAUUUCUUCGACACGGAGGAUGGUGAUUGGCUGUGGCUGGACAUCAACAUCGGGCACAAGGGGCAUGAGCAGAACAACAUUGAGCUUCCGAAGGUGGACGACCCUUAUGUGCUUAAUGCCUUCAGUGUCUCCAAGGAAUAUGGGUUUGGCCUCAUCGACUCUCCGUUGGGGUACUCCGCCAUGCCGCCAAUGUAUAUAUCCCUGGAGAUGCCAGACUCUUGUAGGCGCGGGGAGCAGGUGGGGAUGCGGAUCAUGGUGUUCAAUAACCUGCCGCAGGAGAUGAUGAUCCUGCUGGUGCUGCACGGCGCGGACACCCAUCGCUUUGUGGUGGUGGAGGACAAUGGGGUGGUGGACUUCUAUCGCCCUCGCACCAAGGAUGGGGACCACCAGCACCUUCUUUCAGUGGAUGCAGACACCAGUGUGGAGGUGAUCUUCCCCAUAGUGGCCACAGUGGAUCAGGGGGAGAUAGAGCUCACUGUGUCCGCCAUCACCCAGAUUGGCCGCGACGAGGAGACGGCCACUCUUCUUGUCGAGCCAGAGGGCGCCACCAUUGACCGUCACACCUCCAUCCUCCUGGACUUGAAGAACCGAGCAGUGGUGUACGAGUAUAUGGACAUCAUUGUGGAGGAGUCUUAUGUUAUUCCACUCAGCAUCCUACGUCGUUUUGUGGCCGGCUCCCCCCGCGGCCACGUGUCCCUCUGCGGUGAUGUGGUGGGGCCCUCCUUCCCUUAUGGGGAGCCAGUAGACACCAUGCAAAUGCUGCGGAAGGAACUGAGAGGAACAGAAGCAUCAACAUUCAACUUUGGGGCCAACCUGUGGACGCUUCAUUAUCUUCGUCUCACCAAUCAGCUGGAGCAGACCGCCAUUGCACAGGAUGUAUUCGACCAGCUCAAUGUGGAACUGGCUGCCAUCAUGUACCGGUUCGGUCCAGAUGGAUCUUUCAGGAACUGGGACACUGCAGGACCUAGUGUUUGGCUGACAGCUUGGACGACACGCACACUGCAGCAGGCACAGUUCCAGGACUGGGAGAACCUUCUGUACAUUGAACCGGAGAUCAUAUCGAAGGCCGUGGCGUGGAUGAUUAAGUGGCAGGACUUGACCACCGGCGCCUUCAGGGAGACUCCUCACUACGAACGCAUCCCGCUGGACAAGAAAGCAUCUCCUUACAUGUAUGGGCUGCAGUGGAGGGGCCAGAAGAAUAUUACAUUGACGGCUCACUGUCUCAUCACCCUGGAGCAGACCAUCAACACUCUCCAGGGCGGUGUGCGGGCCAAGGCAAACAACGCACGCUCCUUGGCUGUUAGGUAUUUGGAGAAAGAAUUGGUGUAUAUAGUGGACCCUUAUGAGCUGGCAAUUGUGGCCUAUGCUCUCUCCCUCGCCAACUCUGUGGAGAAGGAGACAGCGUACGGGAAACUGGAUGGCAAGAAGAGGAAGGAGAAUGGGCUGAUCUACUGGUCGAGGGAGAGGAUAGAGGCCAACCAGCGGGUCUAUGAGAACAACCAGCGCAACCUUCUGCAGCCUAAGUUUGAGCAGAAGUGGGACUCGCAUGCAGUGGAGGCAACAUCCUAUGCGCUCCUGGUGUACCUGAUCCGCGACGGGGUGGAUAUGGACCAGGAGCGGAUCGUGGAGUGGCUGAACGCGAUGAGGAUGCAUGAUGGGGGCUUCAUAUCCACUGUGGAUACUCUGGUGGCCAUGCAGGCGCUGACAGAGUACUCUUACCGUGCCCGGCUGAGGGACAUCACGGACAUGAAGGUAACAGUGGAGGCAACGGGGGAGGAGGGACGCAACCCCCACAGUGUCCUCAUAGCUACUAGCAACGUGUCCGAGAUGCAUAUCAUUCCGAUCCAGAAUGUGUGGGGCAUGGUGAACGUGGUGGCCAAUGGGGCGGGCCAAGCCAUCCUGCAGCUGGACGUGAGUUACGGAGUGGACUGGAGCAACCUGAAGAAGCAGCCGCCCGUGGAGUCCUUCGAGCUCACCAUUGAUGAGGACUUCUCGAAAUUUGGCAACAAGUCUCAUUGUCUUGUGACCAUUUGUGCCAGGUGGACAAACACGCUGGAGUCAGAGACCAGCUCUGCCACCGUCAUAGAGGUGGAGGUCCCCACUGGCUAUGUGGCGUUCCAGAUUGACUUGGAGCGCAGCAUUCGCAUCGCUCAGACCACCCGCUCCUUCCCCUCCCUGCGGGACGUGAUUGGCGGCCACGGCGACACCUUUGCCAAGAGGACUGUGUGGUUCUUUGACUAUAUCCCAUCCAAUGAGUCUUGGUGUUUCAAUUACGAGAUGAAGCGAUGGUACCCAGUAGCCAACCUUACCAGGGUCCGGAUGGCCACCAUAUAUGAGCAGUACCAGCCAGAACGCUUCCAAAUGCUGAUGCUGAACUCAACAGUCAACACCCUCGACAUCUGUGAAGUGUGUGGCUCCUAUCAGUGCCCUUACUGCCCCAUCUACAGUGGCGGCCUAUCCCUCGUCCCUCCUCCCAUCAUCGCCUUUGUGUCUAUGUUUGUAGCUUCGUUUAUUUCACAUCUUCUCCUUCCUUCUUCAUCUUCUGUUUUUCCCCGGGUGGUAAGAUAGGUUUAGGUAGUGGAAGGAUUGGUUGAUUGGGUGGAAAGACAGGUGGGAUUGAAGGAGAGGUGAUGAAGAGAAGAUAGGAGUUUGUGAGAAUAUAUUUGUUUUAUUUUAUUUCUAAUCAUCUGCUUUUCUGUAAGGGAUCAGGUUGCUUUGCUCUUGUUGGUGGUGUUGAGGAGUGUUGGUGCUGGCUCUGACACCGCUACUUGUACCCAUCCAUUUUUUUAAGACUCUGUUUCAACUUCUGCGUUACAAUUAAUCAUUUUAGUGCGGUUACCUUUUAAGGAGGCAAACCUAACUAUUCUAUUUCUCUGUUACUAUUAACCAUGUCGAUUUUUAAUGCUCUUUACUAUUUUCGUACUAUUUCUGUCUCUGUAGUAGCAUUAAUUCUGUCCAUCAUCUUAUAAGGGAUUAGAACCUUUAAGAACAUGCCAUAAUCCGUCCAUGUCUCUCAUAAAGGAUGAGAUCUUAUAACAGAGUGCUAGAAUCCGUCUUUUUUUCUUAUAAGGGAUCAGAACCUUUAACAGAGUGCCAGAAUCUGUUUAAUUCUCUGUUAAGGGAUCAGAACCUUUAACAGAGUGCCAGAAUCCGUCCAUUGCUCUCAUGAAGGAUCUGAAUGUUUUAUCAGAAUACUGUUUUUUUUAUACUCUUUUUAUUUGUAUAUUACUAUCAGUCAUGUAUAUCUUUGAAUUCUCUUUACUAUUUAUUUUACUACUUCCAUACAGCCAUUAAUCUUAUCCAUGCGAUUCUCUCAUAAGGGAUUGGAACCACUAAAGGAAUGCCUGAGGGUUCCAAAAUAGGUAUUCAGAGUGUUUGAUGUAAUGUUGAUGCUCAUGCUCAUAAACCCUCGUCCAUGCAUUUAUCAUUACCUCUAUAACUGUUAAUCUCAAGUGCCUGAUUCCCCUAUAUAAGGGAUUAGAAUCUUUUAACAGAGUGGCAGCAUCCGUCCAUGUGUCUCAUAAGGGAUUGGAACCUUUAAAAGAAUGCCAUAAGGUUUCAAAUAAAUAUACAGGUAGCUGGUUGUGUGUUCCAAUUAUUAUUUUUAUUUUUUAUUAUUUUUUUUUUCUACAUGACCUUUAAACAUUUAUUUUUCCUGUACUAUUUUUUUACACUUGCUAUUAAUAUUUUUAUACUGUUCCUAUACUAUUUAAAUGCUGUUUCUAUUUAUUAAUUGUAUCUCUUUUUUCUGUAAAGGAUCUGAGCUUUUUUACAGAGUGCCAGAUGGUUAUAAACAAAAUAGAUAAAUAUGUGUUGAUAGAAAUAAAUACUAAAUGCAUAAGUGAAUAGAUAAAUAGAUAACAGAAGUAAAAUACACAAAUAGACUGAUUAUUAUUAUUCUUUUAAAAAUUACAACUGUGUGUAUGUAUGUCUUUUCAGUUAUUUUUUUUAUUUUAUUUUUUUUGAUGUACAUGCAUUGGGUGUAGAAAAAAAAGAUAAAUAGAUAAAAGUAAAAUAUAAAGAUAGAUAAUUAAAGAACGAUAAUUAUUAGUGAUUACAACUAUUCUUAAAAAAACAGCAUGUACAUUUUUUGAAUUUUUUUUAAGUAUACAUGCAUUACAGAAUAGGUGAAAAUAAACAAAUAAUAGUAAAUAUAAAGGUAGGUAAUUAAAGAAAGAUAUUGAUAAUUAUUCCUAAAUACAUUCCAGCUGUUUAUGUUUACAAUUUUUAUUUUAACUCUUUACUGAGAUUAAAAAUGAAAAAACCGUGAAGACAACGAGCAAAUUAACUUUUUCUUUUAACUUUACUAAUUACAAGUAAGUUUUUUAGUGUAUAUCUCGUACAUUUUUCCACUGUUUUAUUGUUGUUGACUUAUUUAUUUUUAUAUAUUCAUGUUUUUAAUAAUGGUCACUUUUGAGUCACAGGAAAGUGUUAAAUUAUUGUACAUUCCUGAUCAUUCCAUUUAAUUUUGAUCAUUAUUAUUAUUAUUGUUAUUGUUAUUAUUAUUAUUAUUAUUAUUAUUAUUAUUAUUAUUAUUAUCAUUAUUAUUUUUAGUAAUGGUAGAGUGCAGAAAUGUCCGUCCAUAUGCUUUAAGAAUUUUGAAACCACAUAACACACACACACACACACACACACGCACACACACACACACAUACCAUUAUACAAAAUACUGUACCUAAUCUUGUUAUCAAUGUUUUAAAAUAAAGUGAUAAUUAGAAAA